AUGUCUACAAAAGUGUCGGAGCCGCUUGAUUUAAUCAAACAGAAUCUUGAUGAACAAGUUUUCGUCAAGCUACGUGGAUAUCGUGAAAUGGUUGGUAAGUUACACGCCUACGAUUCUCAUUGCAACAUGGUGUUAGGUGAUGCAACUGAAAAAAUCUACGCAAUGGACGAAGACACUGGUGAAAUAUCGUUUACUGAAGAAAAACAUACAUUAGUUUUUGUGAGAGGCGAUUCUGUGAUUGUUGUUACCGAUGCAACUCAAGUCUGA